GGAAGUUGCGCAGGCGCAGUGGGGCCGGCAGCAUGGCGUCCAGGCCCAAGCGGCGUGCCUUGGACGGCGGGUUUUCGGUUCCGCGCGAUGAGGACGAGGAUGAUGAACUCGAGGAUGAGGACGAAGACAGUGACGAAGAGGAGGAUGAAAACGACGAGGUCGUCAAUGAGCUUUUCCUAAAAGCUCCUGUGAACACUGCAGAACUAACAGAUCUCUUGAUUCAACAGAACCAUAUUGGGAGUGUGAUUAAGCAAACGGAUGUUUCAGAAGACAGCGAUGAUGAUGUGGAUGAAGAUGGGAUUUUUGGCUUCAUAAGCCUUUUAAAUUUAACUGAAAGGAAGGGUACCCCGUUUGCUGAACAAAUUAAAGAGUUUAUUUUACGCCUCUGCGAGAAGAACUGUGAAAAGAGUAUGGUUGAACAGCUGGACAAGCUUUUCAAUGACGCCACCAGGCCUGUGGGCUUUCUGCUGAGUGAAAGAUUCAUUAACAUUCCUGCACAGAUAGCGCUGCCCAUGCACCAGCAGCUUCAGAAAGAACUAGCAGAGGCGCACAAAACUAACAAGCCGUGUGGGAAGUGUUCCUUCUACCUUCUGAUUAGCAAGACGUUUGUGGAAGCAGGAAAAAGCAAUUCCAAAAAGAAAUUGAGCAGCCAAAAGAAAGAUGAGUUAAUGUUUGCAAAUGCAGAAGAAGAAUUUUUCUAUGAGAAGGCAAUCCUGAAGUUCAACUACUCAGUGCAGGAGGAGAGCGACACGUGUCUGGGAGGCCGAUGGUCCUUUGAUGAUGUACCAAUGAAGCCCCUGCGAACUGUGAUGUUAAUUCCAAGCGACAAAAUGAAUGAAAUCAUGGAUAAACUGAAGGAACAUCUAUCUGUCUAACCCAUUUCCCAUGGACAGUGGUGGGCUUGUUUUUGUAAAAAUUACCAGAAGACUUAGUGGAGAUUUACUGAAAAACUCAUGACUUUAUUCAGAUUAAGUUCCUCUACAAAAAGUAGGGUUCUGUCACCCGUGUCUGUGACACAUUUACAAAAUAUCUUUGCUUUUUAAGAUUUUGGUCAAAUUAAGAAUGGUUGAUUAAAAACUUUUCCAAUAAGAAGAAAAACAUGGAGUAGUAAUUCCAUAAAAACUUCUAUUUUUAGUUGUUAAAUAAUAUGCAAAAAGUUUUAUUCUUUUCAAGACUAUCCUUUGCAGGGUGUGACAUCCAUCUUCACGUCAUGGCUGCACGUCACUCCAGUGGACCAGCUGUUGGGCUGCCUUUGGGAUAUUUAUUGCACAUCAGGUUUUGUGUAGAAGGUUCUUGAGAGUCACUGUAUAGUGCAUCUUUGUUCAGUAGUUUCAGGGCACUUCUCACACAUUUUCUGUUCCUUUUUCAUUGUUGAAAUGGGUGAUAGGUGAUCCAUCACUUGCUGUAGAAUAUCCUUACUUUCACUAGGAGGCAGAUUACUGAAAUAGUAUUGUGGUGCCAAUUGCAUAAAUCUGUUUAAAACAAAAAAUUAUUAUUAUCAUUUUUGGUGAGAGGUACCAAACAUGAGUGGACGCUUCCCAGGCCUGGAGAAUCUGCUUGUAGAGUUUUGAUUAGUGUGAACUUCUCUGUGGCUUGGUCUGCCUUUGUAGAAUGAAUACUUUCUGUGGUUUACUUGGGAACAAUCCAAUUGCAUUUCUAGGAUAAGUUGGGUCCUCUAGGGUCAUGCCACACAGCGGAAGUGACACCCCCACUCUCAUCACCGGGGGGAACGGGUACUUCCCCCAAGGCCCAUCACAGUUUUGCGACAGGUCAGAUCAGAUGCUUGGGAGAACUCUGGGUGCAUAAGAGGGAGUAUCUGCAUCUCAUACUAAUACCAUACCAUGUCCAUUUGCUGAAGCUGGACACACCUGUAGUUACUCCUGGUUCCUGCCUAGAACAUCACACUGCCCAAGUGGUAGUGGUACCUUCACAGUGGGUCCGGCAUCUGCAGCAGCCUCUGAGGCUAGUCUCCAUUCUCACUGCUGUCCCUAUAGCCCAUUCACUUAGCAGCCAGAGGGAUCUUUAAGAUAUAUGGAGAAGAGGUUACCCUUGCUUAAAACGGAGUCUCCAAUUGCUUUGUACUGCACUUAGGAUCAACUCCAAACUCUUUACGUGGCCCAUACCCUACACCUCUGCUACCUGCCUGUCUUCAGCCUGGCCUCCACCCCUUCUCUUCCCCACUUGCUCCAGUCUCAGUGGCCUGUCUGUUUUGAGAGGUUGCUACGCUCAAGGUCUGCACCUGCUGGCCCUGUUCCUCUUAAGGUGCAUCGUGCUUUGCUGUACAUUUCUAUACCGUGUUCUCUCUUUAUGCUGUAAUCUCAGAGGCGUGAGUAUUUCUUAGUCAUCUACAGAGACCUGCCUUUAGUAGGUACUCUCAACAUAAUUUAGAUUGGUAGCAGUAUAAACUUAUAUUGAAAAUGUAAGAGAAACCAAAUUUGUCAUUUGCUCUUCAUGUAUGAAUUCAAAGAAACCCCUUUUCCUCCGUUAAACUUACAGUUCAGGAGAGAUUUCUGAGGCGAUCCUGAUGUAGUUGUUGUCAGAUAUGCUGAACUUAUGGAAGAGAACCCACUCUGGCAUCUUCUUGGUGACAGAGUAACAAGAAAGGGGAUGCAGCUGUGCAACUUGCUUGUGCGUCAGCAUUAAGUAAUUACCUGACCCAUCGACGUCCCGAGCAAUCUAAAAGGCAGCGUUUUACAGAAAAAAGGAUUUUGUAUUAAUAUGGAGAUCGAUACACAAAAUAUUUUGUUUUAAAAAUUCCAAAAUACUUCACACAGAAUAGUUAAAACUACAGAUUUGCCGCCCAUGUUUUCUAGUUUCAGAUAUAGAAAAUAAGACAUAAACAUGUUUUGCUCAAAACUUGGAGCCAGUGAUGAUAAUAAGGAUGUUAACUAGUUUUAUCAAU